UUUUCGAAACAGAUUUGAAAUUUAAGGUUUAAAAUAAGCCCUUACCAUCUCUCUGAUUUGUUAUUAGUCCAAAUGUGUAGUUGAAUAGCAUUAGUGAUUAUGCAGCGCAAAGAGAACGAAACUCCACAAGGGCAAGCAGCUUCUGUUUUGGUUGAAUUCUUGGAGGUGGCUAUUACCGCUGUUGUGUUUCUUAAAGGCGUUUAUCCUUCUGGUGCAUUUGAGAGGAGAAGGUAUAUGAAUGUGGUGGUUCAAAGAGCACGCCACCCUCAACUUAGAUAUUACAUACAUGCUACUGUCUCAGGGCUUCUUCCCUUUUUACAAAAGGGCAUGGUAGAUAGAGUAGCUGUUGUUUUUUUCAACACUGACAAUGUUCCAUUGGAGAAAUUCAUAUUCAAGCUCACAGUGAACCAGUCGUAUGGUUCAUCCGUGGAAGGGGUGGACCUUCAGAUCUCUCUUAGAUCAUUCCUUGCCAAGCUGUCAGUCUCGGAAUCGCUUACUAAGAAGCUUCCUCCAGAUUGCAGGUGGGAGAUCACAGGCAACUUCCAAUUGCUUCCGGAGACAGGCACAAGCAAGGAAGCUAACUUCUGGAUCCCAACCGACACUAAGCAGUGGGAGCAGCCCCUUUUUAUAACUCCUAUCAGGUCAAUGAGCAGCGACCCUUUGUGCUUGCAAUUUUACAUUGAGCAUCCAAGUUUAUCAGAAUCAUCGGUGCUUAGAGAAGGGAACUCGGAGCUGUAGUGCAUGUGAUAUAUAUAUAUAUAUAUAUAUAUAUAUAA